AUGUCAACCACUUCGAGGCGAGAGAAUGAAGGUCCCGCAUGUGAUAAACGUUCUGCUGUCGACCCUUCAGGACCGCAUCGGGAACGCCUCCAUCAAUACCCCAAGAACUCUCUCCGUGAUCUUCUUCAGAUAAACCUCGACAAAGGGCUAUUCAGACAACCCGUACAGUGGGUAGAUUUGCACGCUCGACUACUCGGUACGCAAUGGGAGGAAUUACCGCCAUGUGAUACACCUGGCCCUAUAGUGGUCAAAGGCACGCAACCUUCGCGAAGUCAUCUUGACCCGUCAGAACCCGCCCAGGCUCUCUGCAACGCGCUUACAGACAUUAUCCAGCCUGAUCUGGACCCUGCUCGCUUAUCUAAUGCUAUUAAAACCGGCCUAGGGACACUAUGGCCGGCGGUCUUCAGCAACUCAGGCCGCCUCCCCGAACUCGAUCUGUACUUUGGCGACCACGUUUACUUGAGUGCGGUGCAAGUGAAGGCCAUAUGGCAUCUCCCCUGUGACGGGGCAAAGUCUCACUACUCUUCACCCGCACCAGCUUCAACACAACCUGCAGGUUGUUCCGACACGUCAACACAAUCCCCAUCCAGUGAUAACUACACUACCGGUCCCGCGAUUGCCUACAUCAGCAAGGAAGAACUGGCGUUCAGGCGAAGCAGACCGUUCGAAGUCCACGAGCAUCCGGAAACAAAACAGAACGAGCCUGUCAUCCACCUUGGGGAAUUAAUAGCUCGCAAGCUUGUCCCUUCAAACAUGGACCGCGAUGCGUAUCUUGUCGCCGUAUUUCUCGGGAUGGCGCAGGCGCACUUCUACAGUCCGCCACCUGCUGCUAACAAAGGUAGACCGACGAUUAAACUAAAGGAAGGCAUUCCGCCAUGUCCGGACUUUCGUGAUCUCAAAUUAAGGAUCGUCACCCACAAUACCGAGACAUCAAGCUUUAUCGUCUACACCGGACAUGUGACGAGCAGAUUUCUGCAAAAGUUCCACGAUCCUUCUUACGCUUGCCCCAAUGAUGACAAUGCUUCCUCGUCUGGCAUCAAGAUCGAAUACACCCGAGUUCCUGUAUGGCCAAUCCUGGGCCUACGCGAAAGGCUCGGCAAAGCUUUGGGCGACGAGAUUGUCGGGGCUUUCAACCAAGAUGAGAUGAAAACGUGGGAGAAAGAUCCUGGGGAGAAGCGUGGGGAGAAGCGAAAGCGGGAUCUGUGUCCAAAACUUCCCAUCGGCGACAAGAAUGUCUCGAGUGAGAGAGACAAACGCCGGCGUGGCCCGCAAAAGGGAGGUCAAGCAUGA